GUGAAGUGUUGUACUCAAGAAAUAUGAAGAUCACAGGGACUAACAUUUCAAUGAUAUAUGAUAAGCUUAGAAGUUUGUUCAAAAGAACUGAAAGUCUAACUUUAGAGAAUAUUGUUAAUUUAGAGAGUUUUAGUAAUGACCUAAUUGAAGAAGUGUUCAAUGAAUUGAAGUAUCUUCAGAUCAAAGAUUGUGAUAAGAUAAGGUAUCUCUUCAGUACAUUGGAAUGGACACCAAACUCAACUUUCCACAAUUUAGAGGAAUUGCAUAUUAGUGGUAAUUCCAACCUUGUUAAACUAUCUCAUGAACAACCUCUUGCUUAGUCUUUCUGUAAACUAAGAGUUUUAAACGUGAAUAGGUGUAGAUCAUUGAUGUAUAUAUUUGAUUGUGAAAAGAUUAAGAUUGCAAAAGGCGAAACCAAGUUACUUUCAUCAUUAGAGUAUCUGUAUUUGGAAUCUUUGGUAGAGAUGUUGCAUAUAUGGAGGGGUGACCAUCAAUCUAUAAGCCUCCACAACUUGAAGAGUGUAGAACUGAUCUUUUGCUCCAAUCUAAUAAAACUAUUUUCACCAACUUUACUCCAAAGCCUUAUUUGUUUGGAAAAUAUAGAUAUAAGUUACUGCUAUAAUUUAAAGGAGAUCUUUAAGAAGAAAGAAGCGGAGGAUGUAGAGUUAGAUCACACUAUAACCUCUCCAUGCUUGGGAAACCUGACUUCUAUAUAUAUAGAUGGUUGUAAUAAUUUAGAAAUCCUCUUCACUCCCUCAAUUGCUAAACUCUUGGUGAAGCUGAAAAGCCUAAAUCUAUCGUUCUGCUCAAGAAUACAAGAAAUAAUCACAAAUGAGAAAGGAGAAAAAGAAAAGUCAUCAGAGAGCAUUGUGUUUCCUAGUUUGGAGGAAUUGGAUUUGUUUGAUCUACACAGCCUCACUUGUUUUAGUGCUGGGUUAUAUACUAUUGAUUUUCCAAAAUUGACAUUGUUAUCGAUAUUUAAUUGUGGAAAAAUGAAGACCUUCGGUUCUGGAGAGCAAGUGACACCCAAGCUUAAAGAAGUGCGUCUUGAUGGUACUGGAUGUUGGAAUGGCAACGUGAAUACCACAUUGGAAGAGUACUUGAAUGAACAGGCACAAAAGGCUGUUGCUGAUUAAAGUAGAUAGUGAAAAUGGU